AUACAACACUACAAAAAAUGGGAUCUGGUAACAGCACUCUUGCUAAUGUGUCCAAGGAUGAGCCACUACAAAGGUUUGUAGGGACUGAUGGAAUACCACCUAACAGUGAUUAUUGGAGGGAAUUUUUGUCUUCAGUUGGCUCAACAACGAAAAGCAGCUCUCUUAUAGACUUUGAAAAAGCAAAUAAAAGUUUGCUAAAGGAUUUGAAGAAAAAUAACCUUCACUCCCGUAACAUUCCCAACCUCACGCAAUUUCUUAUAUCAAAGAUGUCAGAAUUAAUAGCCUCAUCAGACAUGUAGAUUUUUUUAACAAUCGACCUGCAUUUUUAGAUGCGAAGAUACAGUAUUAAUUGCUCAAAAUGGACUACUUAUUCUACGUUUAUCGGUGAAGUACUUGAUGGAGCAUUGCUCUGAAGCUAGAUUUUUCUCUCACUUCUCUGUUAAUUCUACUGAAGGUCCUCAUUGUUUAUCUGUAAUUGAAUGUUUGUUCCCUGUACUUUUCAAGCUUAUAACUAAUUUGUCUAUCCAAGACAAUACUUACUUGUUGCAUUGCGAAGCUCAUUUGUUGUGUAUAGUGUUACUCUCUAGACAAAUGUAUAAAGAACUAUCGGCUCCUUUACCACAAGUCUACGUCUCUGUUGUCUGGGGGAAGUGUGCACCUCUUGCUCCUGCUUUAGUUUACCGAUUAUUGUCUAACUUUUCUGAAAAUCGUCCUGUCCCAACACUUUUACAUGGCAUUGAACAAUACAAUUUAAUAUGGCGUGCGGCAUCCUCUAUUGCAGGUAGUUUAGUUACAAUCGUCACACUUGGUGGUUACUUCAGUCGCACUGCCAAUAGUUCAACAAAAUCAGAUAUACAGAACAGUCCACAUGUUGCAGUUGUUGAACCAGUAAAAAAUAAUAUUCCCACAGAUCUUUUAACAUCAGAAUCAACUAUCAAAUCAAAUGAACAGUGUCAUCUAUUGUCAAAUGUCAGCUCACUACUUUUAUUGAUACUUACUACUCAGGCUGGAUCUAUUGAGAAGACUAUAUCAACGUAUUCAGAAAAUAAUAUUAAAGAUUCCAAUUCUCUAGGACGAAAUCCUUAUCGAACAACACUUUUUUCUUUACAAGAUGAAGUUACUCAAAAAAACCAAGUUGAUUCAAUAAUGGAUACAACUCACAUGCUGCCAAAGUCAACCCCUCGAUUGCAGCCAGGUGGUGCUACAUUAAAUGGACAAUUAAACAUAGUUACUCAAUCAUCAUCACCACAAAUAAAUUUCACUGCAAUCUGUGAUACAGCAGCUUCGACAUUGUCUCAAGACAGUAGUCCACUGUUAUUGUACCUUUUAGUUCAUCGAAAUACAAACUUUCAUUCGUUCAUUAUUCAAGAGCGUGGUUAUGAGAAAGUGCUUCCACCAUUAUUAAAUAUUCUAUAUAAAUCCCAAUCACAUAAUUCUCAUCUUGUCUACAUGGCAUUAAUUCUGUUGUUGAUAUUUACGGAAAAUGAACAAUUUGGACGCGAUAUACACACAUCAGAUAUUAAAUGGGUUCAGUGGUCAGCAAGUCGUCGACUUUCGAAUGUAUCAUAUGGAAGCUUAACUGUAUUAGUUCUUUGUCGUACUAUUCAAUACCAUUUGAACCAGUUGAAGGAUAAAUAUCUUCAUGUUAAUAUUUUGGCAACUCUAGCAAACUUAUCCCCCCGAAUCACUAAACUUCAUCCUCAUGCAUGUGAUACACUAGUUGGUUUACUGCAAUUAUUGAUCAAGCGUCAUAAUAAAACUGUGGACAUUUUGCGUAAAAUGUCUGAUGACAACCAAUCACAAUCGGCCGGUGAAAUCACUAAACUUCUAUCAAAUACAUCACUUAUAUCAUCUAAUACAGAAGAAGAAAUGGUUCGUUUUUAUUGUUUAAUGAUAUUAAAAUAUGACCGUGGUACUGUAUACUAUGUCACAUUCGUUGAUUUCACAAACUAUUGAUCCUUUCUAUGUUUACUCAUAUUAUUUUCAUGUAGUUGUCUUAUGAGUAGUAGUGUUAUAACCUUUGCUUCGUAUAGCACUUUGUUACUGAACGUGUGUAGAAGAUACUAGUUUCUAUGUGGUGAUGCAAAUUCAGGCUGUUUUUAUGUGUUUACGCGUCUUUGGUCCGAUCGAUAAUUCACUGUCCUCCAAUCCGCGCGGUCACAAUAUAUAACAAUUUCCCACAUAUAAUUGUAUUCAACAUAUUCGUAGUUUUGCUUAGUUACUGAUAAGUCUUGCAAUCUGAAUGCUAUACUCGGUUCCUAAGCUAUUCAUGUAACCCACAAGCUAGAACUAUACAGCGACCUGAACACGAGAGAGAAGGCGAAAAGUAUACGAAAGUACUUUACUCCAAGGUUCAUUCUAGUUCAGAAAAGAUAGGGUUUUUGUAAUAUUUUAAAUGUCCUUGCACUGCUCGAAGAUUCUGGAAUGCUACUAAACAUAGUAGCAGUACAACAACCAGCCAAUCAGAACCUCUACAUGUGAUGUUUCACAUCGUUUAUGUUUCUGGAUAAAACUUCAAGUGAACGCUGAUUGGAUGGAAUGCUUCUUAAUGUUUCCUGAUCCUCGUGUGUCUUUUGAGAGAAAUUUUCUGGAUCAUCCCAACAGUUACAGAACAGGAAUAACGACCUAUUCAUAUCUUUAUCAGUAGUAAGUUGAAAUAUAUGUUUCGGUUAGAGUCUGACCUUGUUAAGUCGUUUAAAAUUCAAAGAAUCAACGUUUGUAUCUCAAUAAAGCACAAAUAAAGCUAAACGAAAUUCUUCACCAAAACUACGGAUUUCGUAUUUGUGUUUUAAAAUGAAUUUCAUCAUUCAACCUCUUGUAUUUAUAGUUCAACGUGUGUAAUGAAGGUCUUUGUUUAACUCCUUACAGUAAGACAAUUAAUAUUAGCUUAAUGUUCAUCUGAAACUUACCUUCGUUACGAUAACCUGUGACCAAUAUCUGUUUGUUUAUUUUUAUAGGUUCAAGAGUUAGCCUUACUUGAAGAAGUCAUUCGAAUGCUGUUAGAAAUUAUUAAUUCAAUUCUUACACAUACAAUGGUAUCAAAUCCAGAUUUAAUUUAUUCUCUUUUGUAUAAAAGGGAUUCGUUUACAUCACUUCGUUCACAUCCAUCAUUUCAGAAUGUCCUACAAAAUAUUGAUAUUGUUUUAACUCAUUUUUCAAAGAAAAUUGAAUUAGAAUUAGGACCUCAACCAACUCAACCACAAUCUGUUAUGCAAGUGAUUAUAAAACAUAUUGGUAAUACUCAAAGAUGUUGUAAUCUCAAAAAAUUCCCAGAUCUGAAAUUUAAAUAUGUAGAAGAAGAAUCUCCAGAUGAAUUUUUCAUACCAUAUGUUUGGUCUGUUGUACGACGCCAGUCCGGCAUACAUUUUAAAUCUGAAUCACUAUUGUUAUUCUCAGCUGCUCCUCAAAAUACAACUGAAAACGACGACAUUAGUGAAGACAAUGAUAAUGUUAUGAAUAAUGGCGAAUCAAAUCAUGAACAAGUAUUGGUUUAACCAUGUCAAACAAGUUUUUUGAAUAACCCUCGUUCUAUGAGUGUUUGCUGCUAAUUCAGUUAUUAAAUGUGUUCAAUGUCGUGUAUUUGACGAUUAUGAACUUUUAAAUGAAAUUUUCUCUUUCAGCUGUCUGUGAUCAAUAUCAUGGUUUCGUUUGAAUUUAGUUCCUUUUUUUUCUUUUCUUCAAUUUUUGUUUCUAGUUACACUGAUUGUCUUUUUUUUACAAAUUUGUUUUCAUGUUUUAUUGAAAUAGAAAGUUGUUUCCAUAGG